AUGAGUUAUUUAAACAUUUCUCACCAUUCUUCAUUCUCGUGUGUACUGUUGAGGUUUAAAGCUUCCACCUUUUGAACCAUUUCAUUCUCUCACUGUCUUUCAAAUGGAAGGAGGAGGAGGAGGGCAAAGCCGCAACAGCUUCAAAUCAUGGCAGGAAGAAAUUUACUGGACCCAUUUCCAGUUCAUCCAUUUCACUCAAUUUCUUCACAAAGAUUUCCAACAACAACUUGCACUUCCCAAAACAUUUUCGAACAAUGUAAAGAAGAGGUUGCCAAAAAAUGUGACCCUUAAAGGUCCUAGUGGAGUUGUGUAUAAUGUAGAACUGACAACUAGAGACGAUACUUUUUACUUCACGAACGGUUGGCAACGAUUCGUGAAAGACCACUCUUUGAAAGAGAAUGAUUUCCUUGUCUUUAAGUACAAUGGUAAAUCACACUUUGAGGUUUUAAUCUUUGAUGGAGAAAGCUUUUGCGAGAAAGCAGCUUCUUAUUUUGUUGGAAAAUACGAACUUGCUCAAACUGAACAAGGGGAUGGCAAGGCAAAGGAAACAAACAAUUCUGUUGAAGAAGUCAAUAUUGUUUCUAAUGAUGGUGUUGAAUGUGGUUCGCGUGAGAAAUUUCGGCAUAUUAACAAUAUAGGAACACCAUUAGCCGCACCUUUUGAAACUACCAAUGGAAAGACUUUUAAUGCUGGUGUUGAAUUUGCUUCACCGGAGCAGGUCAUGGCCGAUGCAGUCACUAAGACCGCAUCAGCAGCGUUUCCCUCCCAACCAACCGGUAAACGGACCAAGAGGCCUGAUAAUGAGGCUACAGAUGUCCAGAAUAACCGGCGAGGAACAUCACCAGUAGCAGGUUGGAAAACUGACUUUUUUAGUAUGCUUAGCGCAAAACACGGUGUCGCUUCCCCUGAGACUUCUAAAGAUAUGCCAAUGAAUCCUAAAGUCAGCUCAAAACGCAAAAACAAAGUUGAUCUGUCGGAUACUUUGAAGAAGAUUGGUCAAGAAGCUGUUUUAUCCUCCGAAUUUAAGAAAUCCGGUGGAGCUUCAAAUACUUUGAAGAAGAUUCGUCAAGAAGCUGUUUUAUCCACCGAGUUGAACAAAUCUGGUGAAGCUUCAAAUACUUUGAAGAAGAAAGGUCAAGAAGCUGUUUUAUCCACCGACUUGAAGAAAUCUGGUGAAGCUUCAAAUUCUUCGAAGAAGAUUGGUCAAGAAGCUGUUUUAUCCACUGACUUGAAGAAAUCUGGUGAAGCUUCAAAUACUUUGAAGAAGAUUGGCCAAGAAGCUGUUUUAUCAACCGAAUCGAAGAAAUCUGACGAAGCUUCAAAUACUAUGAAGAAAAUUGGGAUUUGCUCCAUGUCGAAAACUGCUCAUAAAAAGUUGGCUACACCGAAGAGACAUCUUGUUGAAGAUGAACUAAGCUCCCAGGCUAAAGCUGAUUUGAAAAUGUUGGCUUCACUCGAAAAACAAAAAGCAGCUGAAGCUCUUAAUUCCCCAUUUCCUAAUUUUGUGACAAUCAUGAAGAAGUUAAAUGUCUGUGGAUCACGCACUUUGAGAAUCCCACAGGAGUUCGCUUCUGCUCAUCUCCCCGACUACAAAACAGAACUUACACUUCGUAAUCCAAGAGGCAAAUGUUGGACUGUGAACUCCAUCCCAGAUUCUAAAGGGGGAAAAGCUCACACUUUGUGUGGGGGAUGGAUGGCCUUUGUUCGUGAUAAUGGCAUAAAUAUUGGCGACACGUGCAUUUUCGAGCUCGUUUCGAAUCUUGUUUUCCAGGUUCAUAUAUCUCGAGUCGGAAAGGAAGAUCUUGACAAUCAAAAUGGGACUGUGAAACCUAAUGAUGCUCCAUCUACCUGCUAACUUUUCUUAUUGGUUAGACAGAUAAAUCGGUCUUCAAUGAAGGUUUUCUUGUGGUGAAAGUAUCAAAAGACUUGUUUGUUUCAUGCUGUCUCUUACCAUUCAAAUUUCAAGUAGCUGUAUCAUUGUUAAUCUAGAUCAUAGACUGCAUGCAUUAGUUAUCUAUGCUGCUUUUCAGUUCAUAUCAUUGUUAAUUUGUGAUGGUAUUCUACUGUAACAUUCUGUUGUAACAUUCAGUAAGCUCCUUAAAUGUUGGUCUUGAACUUGAACAUAAUUUAAGAAAAUUAUAGUGUACUAAAUUUUAUGAUAGAGUAAGUUUU